CAAGAGAGGUUUUAGUGAAGUGAACGGUGAGAGGAGGCCUGGCCUGAGCCGCCUGAGAGGUGAGGAGGCAACGGUGGAGGAGGAGUGAACCAUCCAACAAUGGCGAUCGAAACGGGCUGUCAAAUGUCGUCGACUUGCAUUUGACAGUUUCAUCGGGAAGAAUUCUAGUCCGAGUGUGUCAAUGAGAAAGAAGAGCACCGAAAAAAUAUGAAAAUAAAUGAAAAUGAAAACACAGCUAAAUGCCAAGUCGAUGGAUAGUGCAGUCGGUAAUCGUGUGGAGAAAUGAGUUGGGGGUUAAAAACAAAUGGAACAACAAAAAAAAAAGCGUUGCUUAAAUUAAAAGUUUUAAAUAGUAGAAAUUAUGAAUUUGUGUUACGAGGUAACGAAAAGGACUGAGGAACGAAGAAAAAGGAUUUAAUCGCUGCACAAUCGCUGUUAACAUCGAUACGUCACGAUGUUUUGCUUACUCACAAUUUUGUAUUGACGUUUCAGUGAAUGAAUGAUACAUAAAUUAGAAAAAAAAACAACGCGUAUCGGUGAUUGAAAAGAGUGGUAUAGUAUGUUUAAAACUGAGGAAUCGUCGAGGGAUAGUUUCCUUCAGCAAACCAAAGCCGCGAGGGAGGAACGCGCACACGAAAAAUGCAAAGAAGAUGCUGUCGUCUGUAUACAAAAGAACAUCAGAGGUUGGCUCGCCAGGACUAAAUUUGCCAAGAAAAUAUUAGAUGAAUUCGAUGGUUACUUCCCAGACGAGCCGGCUAUUAAGCCGCACCUAGAAUUUAAACCGGCUCUCCAGGUGUACAGAUUAAUAACAAGGUUCCUAAGAAUAUUUAGAAAAGAAAGAGACCAGAGUAGAUUGGAAAAUUUAUCCAGGUACCUUGUCAAAUCUCUUGACUCCGAUUCUCCAAAACUUUCUUAUAUAGGAGUGGCUUUGAGCAAAGAACACUAUAUAUCAUGGAUAUCACAGGUGAAAAUGGUGCUCUAUCAUUGUAUGACAGGCCUGGACACAUUGAGGCCUGAAAUUCCAGCGGACCAUAGAUCAAUAUUACUAAGAUUACACACAUUAGUGAGUUUUACGGCAUCAGGAACAUGGGCAAUACAAAAAGUGGAAGGAAUGGAAAAAUUAGAGGCUGGAAUGAAGCAACUGUGCGCUAACAUAAUGGGUCAUUUGGUGAACAACGGAUUUUACACCGUAAUGAGAGUGUUAUUGGUGAAAGGAUUGGGAAGAAAAGACAUUGCUUUAACGCCGGUGGCAUUGUCCGCAGCUGUGACCUUGUCACUCAGACCGUUAUUAUCAUCCAAGAUGUCGGACAAGCUUGUUUCCCUUUUUCUCAUCAAUAUUUUUAGCGUGCCUGCGCUAGUUUACCAUUUGAAUCUCAAUUGUCCAGAAUGCACCUCUUCUUUCUUAACCCACGGACUAUUUGCCCGUUCCUUGGAACUUUUAAACUCUGAGCAAAAUCUACGAAUAGUUUUCAACGCUCUGGAAGGUAGUUAUGCGCUUUGUCUGCUAGCAAAUUUAAUACAACUGGCUAACAUAGAGAGGGACCAAGUCCUACAGGAUCUGUAUUUUCCUUCGUUCACUUUUGUUGCAACAAAAAUAUUGGAAGCGUGUCAACAGUACGUCGUCGCUAAGCAAAGCAAUUUAACUUAUUGGCAUCCGGUGUUGGGUUGUUUUGCUCAAGCCGUCGAUUCGUAUCUUCAUGGUGCAAUUGAUCAUACAAAAGCUCAAUUGACACAUCUCUGGAAGGGAAAAAUAGUUUCGCAGUUGAUUGGCAGGCCGCUGCAGGAAUUGGUGGAAAAAGAAGCCCUUCCUCAACAGUCCGAACAACAGAGUACUUCAGUAGGAACUAACAUAUUCAGAAGAGCUUUCCUCGAAGCCCGAACAAAUAGGAAUAACAGCAACAAAAAUUAUCGCAAACUCGGGAGUCCCGAAACAACAAAAAUAGCUCUCAUUUGCUCACUUUAUCAGACAGCCUUUCACACACUCACGGAGAUGAAGUCUGAUAUUCUUACGGGGCUUUGUUACAAGGAUAAAAUAUUGUAUCACAUGUGGCUGUUCCUCGGAACUCUCGGACCUCACUGUGGGCUGAAAGUUUUUCUGGAUCAUCUUGCUGCCAACACAAAAUGUACAGCUCCAGAAUUUCAAAUGCUUAUUCUUUUCUGCGACUGUAUGACUCAUUACGUGACCAUUUUCGAUGACAUGGAAAUGUACGAGCAACAGGAUCCUUUCAAACUCACCGAUUUCGUUACAAUGUCUUAUUUUUUGAAUCAAUUCCUCUACAAAGCUGUUCUUAAUAAUUUGUUCGAUGUUAAAACUGUCUCGAACAAUCCGCUCUUUACUUCGCUUCAUACCCUCCUGAUGGCUAUUUAUCGUCGUGAUUGCCGCAGGAGCUUUUGUCCCGACGGACAUUGGCUCGCCAAGGAAGUCAGGGUCUCCGGUUUCCUGGCCGAUCUCGAAAAAGGAAGACGCGGUGCUGCUCUUCUUCUGGCCAAAAUGCCUCACGUUAUUCCUCACUCCGAAAGGGUCGUACUUUUUCGAAAACACAUCGCCGAUGAGAAAGCCGUUAUGGGCUUGACCGAAAGUGCUUGCAACAGUCCGCCUUCGACCUUGAUCGCCGUUCACAGAUCGAGAAUUGUGGAAGACGGUUAUCGUCAAUUAGCCAUGCUCCCCUCACAAGCAUUGAAGGGAGUGAUUCGAGUGCGUUUUGUAAACGAGCAAGGACUGGAUGAAGCAGGGAUAGAUCAGGAUGGUGUGUUCAAGGAAUUCCUCGAAGAGACGAUAAAACGAGUUUUCGAUCCGUCUCUGAACCUUUUCAAAGCAACGAGUGAAAAUCGUUUGUAUCCAUCGCCAACGUCUUGGAUGCAGGAAAACCAUUUGCAGUUGUUCGAAUUCGUCGGGAGGAUGCUGGGAAAAGCAGUUUACGAAGGAAUCGUUGUUGACGUACCGUUCGCUUCUUUUUUCGUUUCACAAUUUUCUGGUCAAGCCGGUGGCGCUGUGUACAGUUGGCUCGAUGAAUUGGCCUCUCUUGAUCGUGAUCUUUAUCGGAGUCUCACUCUCGUUAAACAUUACGAAGGCGAUGUAAGCCAACUCGAACUCACAUAUUCUCUCGACGAAGACGUUAUGGGAAAACUUGUUACCCACGAACUCAAUCACGGAGGCAGAGCUCAGCCGGUUACCGAUCAAAACAAAAUCAAUUAUAUACACCUCAUGGCUCACUUUCGGAUGCAUGGACAAAUCAAAAAUCAAACUGCUGCCUUCAUCAAGGGAUUUCGCUCCAUCAUCAAUCCUGAGUGGUUAUCACUUUUCUCUACUCCGGAGCUUCAAAGAUUAAUCUCAGGCGAUAACGUUCCUCUCGAUCUUCGCGAUCUAAGGAGACACACGCAAUACUACGGCGGCUUUCACGAUAGUCACAGAGUCGUUUGCUGGCUCUGGGAUAUUCUCGAGUCCGAUUUCAGCGAAGAAGAGAGAGGAUUGUUCCUGAAGUUCGUCACGAGCUGCUCGAAAUCUCCGCUCCUCGGAUUUGCCUAUUUGGAGCCGCCGUUCUCGAUAAGAUGCGUUGAGGUCGGCGACGAUGAGGAUACUGGCGAUACGAUUGGUAGCGUGAUCAGGGGAUUUUUCACAAUCCGCAAGAAGGAUCCGCAGAAUCGUUUGCCAACGUCCUCGACGUGCUUCAAUCUUCUGAAAUUGCCGAAUUAUCAGAAAAAAAGUACUCUUAGAGAAAAGCUACGUUACGCCGUGACGAGUAACACCGGUUUUGAACUAUCGUAAAAAAAAGAACCCUCCGAUUCCUACAGACUCGUUAUCUUGCAGCAGCUUGAAAAAGGGAUGAAUAUUUUUGCAAACACAUUUCAUGAAUCAAUUAAGGAAACAAACUGCGGAGGUGUUGAAUUUCUUAUAUUUUCACGGUUUUUUGAAAAUCACGUGUUCGAUAAGAGUUUUUUCUUUUUUGUGAAAUCAAAGAAUUUUUCCAAUCGAUCCGUGUACUUUUAAUCGUAACGAGGGUUGAGUAAGUUUCCCAUUUACGGUCAGAAAUAUACGAUUCCGUUAGAAUUUGGGUAUUUGGCAAAUCCAAACCAUCGAGUUUCGCUAUCAACAGGAAAGCCAAAAGUGAUGAAACAUUUUGUUCGAACAAUUAUUGGUCUAACAAGAGUUAACAUUUUUAUCAAUGUUCAGAAUUUUUUCAUUUGAGUUCAAAUGGUCGAUAAGAGUUGCAUUUUCGCAACUGUCGAAGAAAAUAGUAGUGAGGGGAUUCUCGUACCUCCCACCACUACUUUCUUUGACAGCUGCGAAAACGCCUACUUUAGGUACCUUAGACACUCUCGAAAAAGCUCGGAAACGUGGUUUUGUUAUAUAAAGUACCGUGUGCACCUCGGAGGAAAAAGUUUGACUUUAGCUCCUUGGUACACAAUAUACUAUUUUGUUACUGUCAACGUUUGAGACGAAUAUUCAUUCAUUUUUAUGGUCGACGAUUCCUUUAUUAUUUGAUUGAAUUGCCAAAUGCCGAGAUUCCGAUCGAUUCACGACGCGUUGUUCAGCUAGGAAUAGGAGCUGAGAAAAAUCAUAAAACAAAAAAACAAGAAAAAUCGCGAGGAUAAUCGACGUCUGAAUUUUGAAUCGGGAGGGUGGAGUUCAAUUUUCGUCUUUCCUCUCAACCGAGGCUCUCUCAACUGAGACGAGUUUAGACCUUCCGGGGACACUUUUUGUUCGCGGAACGAUGCAGCAGCGAGUUCUAAAAAUAACGAGCGAGCUUCUUGGCGAGAAGGCAGAAGGGACGAUUUCCCGCGAUCUUCGAUCGAUCUCUAUUAGAAAUUACGAAACAACCAAAAAUUUUUCGAAAAAUUCAACCAUUUCAUUGAAAAAAAAAUAAGAAAUGGAACAAAAAAGAAAUAUCGAGUUGCAUCACCAUAUUACUGCGGUAUCAUAAAUCGUCAAACCAGUUAAUCGAGGACAACUAAAAAUUAUUGCGAAUGGACCAAAGAUAUCGUCAAAAAAACAUAGGAAUCGAUGAAUAAAUAAGCGGGAUUCGAACGCACCGAAACGCUUUUGUACAUUGCUCGCUUGUAUGUAAUUGCAACUACCUAGUGUUUUAUACUAUUUUAAGUCCGUGUAAAUUAUCUGUUGAUAUACUGUUAAUUCAUAAUUAAUUCGAAAGGCCAAUGAUUAUUACAAAGGAAAGAAGAAACAAAUAGUACCCUGUAGACUAAGGAGUUCAGCAUUUCCAAUAUUUUCUUCCCUAAAACAUAUCGGAAUUCGGAACUGUGCAACGAUCCUGAACUUUCAUCGAGUCGUUUUCUUUCUGGUUUAUAAAAUCAUUUAAUCGACCAGAAUUCCCUACUGCAAUUCUAAAAGACAAUGUUACCUAAAUAUAAUUGAUUGAAUAUGUUGGUCUUUGUAGUCAUCGUGUAAAUACUAAAACUUUAAUUUCUUUGAUUAAUCGAAAGUUUGUGAAGCAAGUCGAAAUUUUUUUUUAAAAGUUGUAAAAAUUAUUUAAAUACGAAAUACAUGUUAUUCGGAGUGUACAAAAAAAAUGACUUCAAGUACAUUUUCAUUUCAUGGAUAUGUUGUCUCAACAAUUAUGCAGAUUAAAAAAAUGAAAAGAAGGUCAA